CCGAAUUACUGUAGAAAUUGGGCGUGGCUUCCGUUACUAUGGCAGCAGGGACGCUUGGGCACGGCCAGCGCCCAGCUUAGAGGCCAAUGCGCCUCCCGUCCUUUGCAUGGCACCCAAGAAAGAAAAAGGCGAGACCGUGAACACCAGUGCUAAGACAUGGGAGCCCUCGCUCAUAGCUGCACACUUCAAUGAGAACGAUUGGAAGGCCUCCAUCGCUUUUGUGGUUGGGAACCAGAUUGAAGAUGAUCUUCUCAUUCGCGCCCUCACUUUCGCCGUCCAGGCCCCUCAGCGGAAGCUCUUCAGUGUGGUAUUGUGGCAGGACAUUCUUCAGCAGAUCAAUGAAAUAAAUGCAAUUGUUGGAGCUGCCUCAUCUAAAAAAGCAAAAAAACCUGGAAGUGUUAGUGUUCCUUUAUUUUAUGAGGUGUUAAUGGCAGCAAAAGCAAUUAUGGACAGUGGAGAGACAUUAACCUUACCACUGAUAGGGAAACUCUUGAAAUUUCAACUUCUCCAGAUUAAAUUUAAGGACCAACAGCGACGGGAAAAUGAAAAGAAGGUGACAGAAGACAGAUUUAAGUUAGAAAAAGAUAAAGGGAAAGCAAAAUCUCCCAAGGAGAAGAAGGCUCCAAGUCCUAAGGUUGCCAAAGGAAAGGGAAAGGAUCAACCCGAGGCCAAUACAACAGUGAAAAAGACCACGCAGUUAAAACGGAGGGGAGAAGAAGAUGACGCCAAAUGUUACAUUGAUGAUGAGCCAGAUGAUGGUGCCCAACAUUACAUUAUAGUUGUGGGUUUCAACAAUCCUCAGCUAUUAGCGAUUAUGACUGAGCUUGGCAUUCCUAUAACCAGCGUGAUUAAAAUAUCUUCAGAGAAUUAUGAACCUCUGCAGACACACCUGGCAGCAGUUAGCCAGCAGCAGGAAGUUUUUCUUCAGCCAGAAGGCAUAGAAGCUGAAAAAUUGAAGAAAGAGAAUGCCAUAAAAGAACUUGAAAUUUUCUGGAAGUACUUGGAACCAAUCCUGAAUAAUGAAAAACCUGAAACAAAUCUCUUUGAUGUUGCACGACUUGAAUACAUGGUCAAGGCAGCUGAUUUUCCUUCUGACUGGUCAGACAACGAGAUAAUGCUGGAAUUGGGCACUGAUAUUUUCGAAAAUAUUGCCUGUUUGAUGUAUGACACCCUGGAAUGGAAAAGGCAGCACCAGCACUAUCUGGAAAGCAUGAAGCUUAUUCAUGUUCCUCAAGUGGUUAAUGAGAAAACUAUCUUAGAAGCCAUGUCAACUCCUGAGCCUCUACAACCUGUUGCUUCAAGCCCUGGAAAGAAGAAAACACAAGAUGAAGAACCACAAGCUCCACCACCAGGCACUUUUGUCAUCACAACUGAAGUAGACAUGAGAUACUACAAUGACUUGUUGAAUCCGAUUCCAGAGGAAUUCAUUUCUGUGCCCCUGAUACUGCAUUGUAUGAUUGAACAGGUUGUGGCAACUGAAGAAGAUCUUGUCCCACCCAGUCUGCUGGAGCCACCUCCCAGAGCCGAUGGGCUAGACCAUAGAAUCGCAGCUCACAUCGUGUCCCUCCUACCCUCGCUCUGCCUCUCAGAGAGGGAGAAAAAGAAUCUCCAUGAGGUAUUCUUAUCUGAAGAAGAAAGCGAAAGCAAAGCGGUGCCCAUAGGCCCUCUCCUACUGAACUACCAUGAUGCACAUGCCCACAAGAAGUAUGCACUAAAGGACCAAAAGAAUUUUGACCCAGUUCAAAUUGAGCAGGAGAUGCAGUCCAAGUUGCCACUGUGGGAAUUCCUUCAAUUCCCUAUGCCCCCACCAUGGAACAGCACUAAACGUCUAGCUACGAUUCAUGAGCUUAUGCACUUUUGUACAAGUGAUGUCUUGAGCUGGAAUGAAGUAGAACGAGCCUUCAAGGUGUUUACUUUUGAGAGCCUGAAGCUCUCUGAGGUUGACGAAAAAGGGAAACUAAAGUCUUCUGGGAUGAUGAGUGGAACAAAUUCUGAAAUGUUCAGCAUACCAUGGGAUAACCCUGCCAGAUUUGCUCAACAGAUAAGGCAGCAAUACAUCAUGAAAAUUAGCACCCAGAAGGCCAAACAGCAAGCAGAUGCUGAAACCAAAGACAGAACAAUAUUUGUGGAUCCAAACUGGUCAACGUCUGUGCAAGAUAAGGAGAGCAGUGGAGAACCUUCAGAUCCUAGUCAGACUGAUGCUGAUAGUACAAAGUAUCCUGACUUGAAUAAUAUGAAAGCCUUAGGUCCUGGUAAUAGACAGCUGUCAGAGCAGGAGACCAGUGUGGAGACUCAGCCCCAGCCUGAGCCUUUGGAGCAGACCACGAACAUUGAGAUCAAAGAUGAUGCAGUUACAAAGACUGAUUCUCUUGAAAAGCAAAGAAAGAGAAAGGAGAAGAAAGCUUAUUUUAAGAAUAAAGAAGCUGGUAAAAAGAAAGACAAGGAUAAGGAAGAGAAAGAAGAUAGUAGAGUUUUGAGGAAAAAAUCUUUGUUGAAGGAGAAAUCUAAAGAAGAACAAAUAAAGAGCCAAGAAGUAAUAGAGGAGUCCCACCAGCAACCAGAACCUGAGAUAGUUUACCCGUUUCGAGGAUAUAAUAUGGGAAAUAUACCCAUCCAAAUCUCAGGGACAAAUUACUAUCUGUAUCCUUCUGAUGGAGGGCAGAUUGAAGUCGAAAAGACAAUGUUUGAAAAAGGUACAUUUUGCUGGUUUGAAAACAUUCAGUGGUGUGCUGAAGAUAGAGAUCCCGAUUUAGAAACAAUGUUGAAUAUCCCUUCAGCACUCACUCCAACAGUGGUUCCUGUUAUAGUGAAUGUUCCUCAAGGCAAACCUAAAGGGAAAACAAGAGGCAAAGAAAAACCCAAAGAAUCCCUUAAAGAAGAGGAGCAACCAAAAGAAGAAGAGAAAAAGGAAGAAGUAGAACCAGAGCCUGUUUUAAAAGAGGACUUUUAUGUUCCCACCUUCCAAAGACUAAAUGUGUCUUGCCCCAGUGGACUCCUAUUGACUUUCAUUGGGCAAGAGCCUACAGGUCAGUAUGUAUCGAAUGAGGAACCCACCUGGGACAUCAUGGUCCGUCAGAGCUACCCCCAGAGGGCGAAGCACUAUGAGUUCUAUAAAACGGUGAUGCCACCAGCGGAGCAGGAGGCUUCAAGAGUUAUCACUAGUCAAGGCACCGUUGUCAAAUAUAUGUUGGAUGGAUCCACACAGAUUCUCUUUGCAGAUGGUGCUGUGAGCAGUAGUCCCGAUUCAGGUCUUAUAUAUCCUCCUCCUGAAAUGACAACAAGCCCUCAUAAUGGAGAUUUGAUGGACUCAAUUUCUCAGCAAAAAGCAGAAAUAGCACUGUCUGAAACUGCCAUCACAAAGAAAGGAAAAGGUCACAAAAAUCAGUCAUCAAUGGCACAUAAGAGUGAAAUCCAUGAACCUUCACCAGAGACAGUUCAAGGCGAACCUCCACCAGUGACUCCUGUGGAGGUUCGCCUAGGCACCUGGUUUACAACCACAACUGAAGGAAAUCGGAUUGGCACCAAAGGAUUAGAAAGAAUAGCAGAUUUGGCCCCAUUUUUAUCCUUUCGGGCCACAGAUCCUGUCAAUAGAACGGUUAUGACAACUCGGGAAGACAAAGUGGUCAUUGUUGAAAAGAAAGAUGGUACUCGGAUAGUGGAUCACGCUGACGGUACCAGAAUUACAACCUUUUACCAAGUUUAUGAAGAUCAUAUUAUUCCUCCAGAUUAUCAAGAAAUAAACGAAAGUCCUCAGACUUUCACCAGGCAGGUAAAGUGUAUGCGGAUAGAAAACUCACACUAUGCCACUGUUAUCACCAACUGUGAGGACAGUAGCUGCUGUGCCACCUUUGGAGAUGGAACAUCUAUUAUUGCAAAACCACAGGGAACAUACCAGGUGUUACCUCCAAACACAGGCUCUCUUCACAUUGAUAGAGAUUGUUCCGCUAUAUAUUGCCAUGAAUCAAGCAGUGAUAUAUACCAUCCUUUCCAAAAGCGUGAGCAGCUGAGAGCCAGCAGGUACAUCAUGAAGCACACUUCAGAGGUUGUCUGUGAGGUUCUGGAUCCUGAGGGAAACACUUUUCAGGUCAUGGCUGAUGGUAGUUCAUCAACAAUAUUACCUGAAGAAAAAAUGGAAGAUGAUUUAAAUGUAAAAACUGAGAGCUAUGAUAGUUUAUCAUAUAUUGACCUUCAAAAGAAUCAUCAGCAAAUCUAUGGUGAACAUGUCCCCAGGUUUUUUGUUAUCUAUGCUGAUGGAUCAGGAGUGGAACUUCUUCGAGACAGUGACAUAGAAGAAUACCUAUCAUUGGCAUAUGGAGAAUCAACUACUCUUGUUCUCCAAGAGCCUGUGCAGGAACAGCCAGGUACCCUGAGCAUCACAGUCCUUCGCCCUUUUCAUGAAGCAUCACCAUGGCUAAUGAAGAAGGAAUUAGAUACAAUUGUUCCUCCUAAUCUCCAGUCAAGGUCAUGGGAAACAUUUCCCGCAGUUGAGAAAAAAACUCCAGGACCUCCAUUUGGCACUCAGAUUUGGAAGGGCCUUUGCAUUGGGUCCAAGCAGCUAGUGAGUGCCCCAGCACCUAUACUCAAGGGCCCCAAGGUGCUACAGAUGCGCCAGUUCAUUCAGCACGAGGUCAUAAGGGAUGAGGUGAAACUGAGGCUGCAGGUUUCCCUUAAGGAUUAUAUAAACCAUAUUCUAAAGAAAGAAGAUGAGCUACAGGAAAUGACAGUUAAAGAUUCCAGAACUAAGGAGGAGAGGGGCAAUGCUGCUGACCUCCUCAAGCUCGUUAUGUCUUUCCCUAAAGUGGAGGAAACUACAAAAAGUCAUGUUACUGAAGUUGCAGCCCACCUAACUGAUUUAUUCAAGCAAUCUUUGGCUACUGCUCCAAAAGUUCCACCAAACACAUUUGGUAAAGAUUUAUUUGAAAAGAAAUGGAGGCACACAGAAUCCUCAAAGCGCUGGAAAGAAAAGAUAGACCAAAAGAGGAAGGAAAUUGAGAUAACACAAAAUUGUCUAAUGGAUAUUAGAAACCAUGUAAUACCACCCUUUUUCAAAUCUGAAUUGAGCAAGUUAUAUCAGUCUCAGUCUAAUUAUCUGGACAGCCUUUCAAAAAAACUGCCUCCUUUCACAAAGAAAGAUGAAGAUGCAAACAAAACAACAGUUGAAAAUAAAUAUGAUCUUCCUCCAGAUUCCAAACCAUAUAGUGUUUCAGAACAGGAAUCUUCGCCUGAUCUUUCGAAGUCACAGAUUUCUGUGGAUAUGAAGGAAUUCACUGGCCAGAACCAAACUGAAAAUUUAACAAAAUCUACUGAAGAACCAGAACGUUGUGUGCCUGUGAACAUUCCAACCCAGUCAUUGCUGCAGGAUGUUGCAGGACAAGCAAGAAAACAAAAAGUGAAGUUGCCUUAUUAUUUGACGAGUUCCAAGCCCAGGUCUCGACCUCUCACAAAGGUGCAAGAUUCUGUUGGAGGAAAAGUGAACACAUCCUCUGUUGCCUCUGCUGCCAUUAAUAAUGCAAACUCAUCCCCUUUUGGGUUUCAUCUUCUCCCAUCAUCAGUGAAGUUUGGAGUGCUUAAAGAAGGACACACCUACGCAACUGUUGUAAAGCUCAAGAAUGUUGGCGUGGACUUCUGCAGGUUUAGGGUGAAGCAGCCCCCACCCAGCACAGGACUGAAAGUCACUUACAAACAUGGGCCUGUGGCACCCGGUUUGCAGGCAGAACUGAAGGUGGAGUUAUUCGCGAUGGCUGUUGGGGAAGAUGGGGCCAAGGGAGUGACACACAUCUCUCACAAUAUUGAGAUUAUGACUGAGCAUGAUGUUGUCUUCUUACCUGUGGAAGCAACAGUUUUAACAAGCAGCAAUUAUGAUGAGCGACCAAAAGAUUUUCCCCAGGGAAAAGAAAAUCCCAUGGUCCAGAGAACUUCUACAAUUUCUUCCUCCACACUUGGAGUCUUCAUGUCUCGUAAAGUUUCUCCACAUUAG